GCUCUUUGUUAAGAGAUUUGAUUGCCUAUUCGAUAUCUCCCCCGCGUCACUGAGAUUUUGUCCACCAUGACAUUUGCUUUCUUCAAACCAAAGAUGCAUUCACUCACUACUUCUGCAGUCUCGUCACCAGUUCUUUACCCAUCCGUUACUUCUGAGUUUGAAGCUGCGAACCAAAAGUUCGCUGCGACAUUUACUCAAUCCCAUCUACCUGGUCCACCCCGUCGGUAAGUGGUGCGCGACAACAAAACAGGUUCGAUGGGUCUGACAAGUACCAGAAAAGUCGCAGUGGUAGCGUGUAUGGACAGCAGAUUAGAUGUAGAAAAAGUACUCGGCUUAGACAUCGGCGAUGCGCACGUCAUCAGAAACGCUGGCGGUCGCGCGGUAGAAGCCCUCCGAUCAAUCCUGAUUUCUCAGCAAUUACUCGGAACGCGUGAGAUAAUCAUUAUGCACCAUACCGGCUGUGGCAUGCAGAGCUUCUCCGACACGGAUUUCCGAGCCAAGAUCCGGCAGGAGAUGCAUGAAGAUGUGGACCAUAUGGCGUUUCUGCCUUUUUCUGAUUUGCGACAGAGUGUUAUUGAUGAUGUUGCUUUUUUGCGGAAGAGUCCGUUGAUCUUGGAUGUUCCUAUUACGGGGUAUGUUUAUGAUGUCAAGACGGGCCGGAUUGAACAGGUUGAUGAGAGAGCCGACUCUGAGUGCUCUAGCCCAUGAAAUUUGGAUGUUUAAAUGAUUUGUUGGUGUUGCGGGAUAUUU